AUGGGGGAGGACUACGAGCACUGGAGCUUCCGCAUGAGGCUGAUGUACACCCAAUACAAGCUAUUGGAUCUGGUGGAGGGGAAGGAGAACAUGCCCGGGGCCGCGGAGCUGAAAGGAGCGUGGAUGAACGUGGAUUACAUUCACGCGGGCAUCCUACAGGAGGACUUGCGACGGCGGAGUGUGGAGCGUUCGGAGGAGGGGGCUGGCUAUGGAGUUAGAGGUGGAAAGAGUGGCUUCAAGAAGAAGUGGAAGGGCAAAAACAAGGACGACCCUAAGGAGGAUGGCGGCGGGGGUCAAGGGGAGGUGUGCUUCUACUGCAAGAAGCGCGGACAUCGUUGGCGGAAGUGCUGCCAACGACCCAAGGAUUGGACCCCGCCUUCAUCAAGCAACCAGCAUGGUGGCAAGAGGAGUGGGGGAGUCAUGGGAGCUAGUGGAGAGGAGAAGGAUGAGGAGAAAGGCGGCAAAUCUGAGGAGCGGAAGGCCGGUUUCUUCUUCUUCGUGAACGAAGGCGCAACCGACCUCACUAUGGCUGCGAAGGCGGCACCCGCGGUAUAUAUGGAGGAGAGCGUCACCGAGGAGGAGCAGCAAGGUGUGCAAGGAGAGGAGCUGAUUGGAAGCGCGGCGGUGAAGGCGUCGGCUACCUCGGGCCAAGCGGAUUGA